AUGACUUCCAGCGCGACCACCCUUAAGGGCCAGCCCCUUGACAAGGCCAUCCUCGAAUCUAUCCUCCGACGUCGCAUGUUUUAUACCCCCUCUUUCGAGAUCUACGGCGGUGUUGGUGGUCUGUUCGACUAUGGUCCUCCUGGUUGUGCUCUUCAAGCAGCAGUCAUCAACGAAUGGCGUAAGCACUUUAUCCUCGAGGAGGACAUGCUCGAGGUUGACUGUACUGUCUUGACUCCCCACGAGGUUCUCAAGACCAGUGGCCACGUUGACAAGUUCGCCGAUUGGAUGUGCAAGGACCCUAAGAACGGCGAGAUCCUACGAGCCGAUCACUUCGUCGAGGCCAUCCUCGAGGCCCGACUAAACGGUGAUAAGGAGGCCCGUGGCCAGAAGGUAGAGGAUAGGGAGGAGGACCCCAAGAAAAAGAAGAAGAAGGCCAAGACCGAGGCUGUCAAGCUCGACGAUGCCGUUGUCCAGGAGUACGAGGAGGUCCUUGCCAGAAUUGACAACUACGGUGGCCCCGAGCUCGGUGAUCUCAUCAAGAAGUACGAUCUCAGAAACCCUGCCACUGGAGUUCAGCCCGCAGAGCCCGUUUCUUUCAACCUUAUGUUCCAGACCACUAUUGGUCCCAGCAGCAACUACCCUGGCUACCUCCGUCCCGAGACUGCCCAGGGCCAGUUCUUGAACUUUGCCAAGCUCCUCGAGUUCAAUCAGUCCCAGAUGCCCUUCGCCUCCGCCUCCAUCGGCAAGUCAUACCGAAACGAGAUCUCCCCUCGUGCUGGUCUGCUGCGAGUGCGUGAGUUCCUGAUGGCUGAGAUCGAGCAUUUCGUCGACCCUGAGAGUGGCAAGAAGCACCCCCGAUUCCACGAGGUUGAGGACGUUGAGCUUGUUCUUCUUGACCGUGAUACCCAGCUGUCUGGCAAGACCACUACCAGGACUGUCAAGAUUGGCCAGGCUGUCAAGGAAGGUCUUGUUGAUAACGAGACUUUGGGUUACUUCAUUGCACGAAUCCACCUGUUCUUGGAGAAGAUUGGUGUAGAUAUGAGUAAGCUGCGAUUCCGCCAGCACAUGGCCAACGAGAUGGCCCAUUACGCUUGCGACUGUUGGGACGCUGAGCUUUUCACCAGCUCUGGUUGGAUCGAGUGUGUUGGUUGCGCCGACCGAAGUGCCUACGACUUGAGCGUCCACGCCAAGAAGACCGGUGCUCCCCUGGUUGUCCGUGAGCAGCGAGAGACCCCUCUCGUUAUUGAGGAGUGGCAAAUUGAUAUUGAGAGGAAGAAGUUCGGUCCUCAGUUCAAGAAGGAUGCCAAGACUGUGGAGACAGCUCUUCUCGCUACGCCACAAGAACAGCGAGAGAAGCUUGCCAAGGAGUUGAGCGAGAACGGCAACAUCACUCUCGAGGUCCCUGGUGUCGGUGAUGGCAAGGUCCAGGUCAGCAAGGAAUCCAUUGCCAUCGAGUUCCGCAAGAGGGUUGAGAACACUCGCGAGUACGUGCCCAACGUCAUUGAGCCCUCAUUCGGUAUUGGCCGUAUCCUCUACUCCUUGAUGGAGCACAGCUUCUGGACUCGUGGCAGCGAUGGUGGUGAUGAGGCCCGCGGUGUUCUGUCCUUCCCUCCUACUGUGGCCCCCACCAAGGUCCUGCUUGUUCCCCUUUCUUCCAACGCCCAGUUCAAGCCUCUCCUUAAGCAGCUCUCACAGCGUCUGCGUAGUGCCGGUAUCUCCAGCCGUGUUGACGAUUCGUCCGCCAGCAUUGGUAAGCGAUACAGCCGAAACGAUGAGCUUGGUACUCCUCUCGGUGUCACUAUUGAUUUCCAGACUGUUCAAGACGGCACCGUUACCCUGCGAGACCGUGACAGCACCAACCAAGUCCGAGCUGAGCAGGAGAAGAUCAUUGAUGCUAUCAAGUCAAUUGUGGAUGGCAGCAAGAAAUGGGCCCAGAUUGAGAGUGAGCUCCCCAAGUUUGAGGGUCAGGAGGUUGAGAUUGCUGCGCGAUAA